AUGUCAUUUUACGAAAAGGGAUUCGUCCUUAAUACAACGUUUGUCAUGAAUCCUGGUGUUCAGCGAUUAGGUGUGAUCACUUCUGGUGAUCGUGAUGCUGAUGAAAAAGAAAUGCUUGCUAUGAAGAAAAAGAGUUUUCAGAGGGGAAAAAGUAGCAACAAAAGUAUGGAAGCAACCAAUGAUAUCAUCGUGCAAAAUCCAAUGUCGCCAAGUCUAUCAAAAGUCAAUCUUGAGACUACUCGAAGAUCACCGCUAUGCAUGCCGAGAUUACCUCUAAAAGUUCGCCGAAGGAAAGAACGUCGCUACUAA